GAGGCGUGCUUUGUGUGGUAUGUGAGUCUGCCCGGGAUGAAUGCAGACGUCCCCUUCUCUCUAAACUCUCCUCUUUUCAGGCCGGCAGCCCCUUGCUGAGUUGGUCGCAAUCAUUGUUUCUCUGCAGCAUUAACCACAUUCCACAGAGGCGCAGCGCAUCCCGUCUACAUCCCCGCAUUCCUUUUACGCGAACAAGUCCCCGCAGUAAAACGGCGUUUAUUUCCCAUUUCCCCCCCGCUUGUUGAGCUCGGACUCGCACAUUAGUGAUAUUCGUAGCGUCGCAGAUUAUCUGGAGCGGUUUAAUCCGCGCAGGAGAGGCGGGAAGAGAAAUGUAGAGGAAAAACCAACAAGGGGAAAUUCCUCCGCGCAGCGCGCCAUUGACUGUAAAGACCUUUCAACUUAACAAAAACUGAAGUUGACAAACGUUUCCCUGUCGGCUGCAACUGUGAGAAAGAGUUGGUUGGAUUUGCGUGGAGCGGCGCAGAGCAGGAGGAGACGAUGCGGGACUCGGUGGAGGUUUGCGGGUGUACGUCGGUGUGUUUAGUGUGAAUGAGAGACGGCAGCACCGCGGCGUUUUGUUUUGAUUUCCAUGUGAAACGCAAUUAGUGCUCCGCCGCGCUGCUCGGAGCGGAGCGACACCGAGAGUGAACUUGUUUCUGCCUCGACAUGGAGCACUACCAGGAGGAGCUGGGGCUCCGGAUGGACGACCUGUCCCUGUACGACGCCUACAAAGACGGGAUGUACAACUCCAGGAGAGACUUGGUGAUUAACCCCGACUUGGACUUCUCGGCUCCGGCGGUAGCGGAGCACAAAAGUGCGCCGAUGAAUGGCAGCUCUGUGCUCCACCAGCAGCAUCACACGGUGGAGAAUUUCACGUCUGGAAAUAAAGUGUACAACGCGGCUCCGGUGAGACCCGUCAACUGCAACCGGGCCGUGCCGGUGGAUUUCUGCGCCCCGCAGAGAGACGCGGGCUACACCGAGGAGGGCUGCUGCACCAAAUCCGAGGUGGCUCUGCCCUGCUACACCGGCGCUGCCGAGCGGCACCGGAGGUACUCUCUGGAGGUGCAGGGCCACAGGUACAGCACCGGCUCAGCCUUCGACGGCGUGCCGCUCAACAAACCGGUGGCUCUCCCCGGCAACAGGUGCAACAGCGUCUGCAUCAGCAGCAGCCACGACGGGAGGUACAACGCCACCAGCCCUCGGUCCAGCCUGGCGUCCUCUCUGUCCUCUCAGGAGCAGAGCAAGCAUGCCAGCCCGAGGUCCAGCAUCAGCAGUCCGCGUACGAGUCUGGUGGUGCCGGGUCAGGACAGGUACACGAGCCCGAGGUCUAGUUUGGUGCACUGCGAGGGCAGCAGCGUGCUCAGCCCCAGGUCCAGCUAUGCAAGCACCGCCAGCGACACGAGUAAACACUCCAGCCCCCGGGCCAGCCUCAACAGCUGUGACUGCUGCAGCAAGCCCAGCAGCAACCGCACCAGCGGCAUCAGCAUGGGCUACGACCAGAGACACACCAGCCCCAGGUCGAGCACGGCCAGCCAGUACUCCUUCACCACCAGCCCGAGGUCCAGCUACUCCGAUUCACGGUAUGGGCCCGUGGUCAACCACGAUCUGGAGGGAGCGAUCCUACACGCAGUGCCGCUGGCGAGUCCCCGCUCCAGCAUCUGCAGCCAGGACGGGAGCGCCAGACCGGGGACCACCGCUAACUGCGUGGUCAGCCCCCGCUCCAGCAUCUCCAGCCACAGCUCCAGAAGUUCCCGCAGCUCCAGGGGCUCUAUGAGCACCUACCCGGACCUGCAGCUGCCCUCACCCAGGUCGUCGAUGCUGGGGAGCGGAUUACACGAAGACACGCUGCUGCAGGAGUUUGGAGACUCCAACGGGAUCCACAACCGCAUCCACCUGCAAGGACUCUCGGCGGUGCCCGAGCCCCAGCUACAGGCGGCUCAGACGGCAGGAACCCCGGAGAUGACCGCAGGGUCGCAGUCGUCGUUUAGUUACGGGGUGUCCACAAAGGCAACUUCCUCGGGCCAGAGGUUUAAGUUACCUUACCAGGUGACCCCCAGCCGAGAGAGCGGGCCGAGCCAGGCGGAGAGGCGGCUGGAGGCGCUCACCUUGGAGCUGGAGAAGGAGUUAGAGAUGCACAUGAAAAAGGAAUACUUUGGUAUGUAA